AUGCAGAUAUAUGAAAUGAUUUUAGUCAGACACGGUCUGAUGAUCGUUGGCAGACCUAUGGGUGGCAAAACUUCUGCAUAUCAGAGCUUAGCAGGCGCUUUAGGUGCCCUUGCAAAUGUGCCGAAUGCUUCGUUGAAAGAAUAUGAUGUAAUUUACAAAAUACUAAAUCCAAAAGCUCUAACUAUGGGCCAGCUCUAUGGACAAUUUGACCCGGUAUCACAUGAAUGGUCUGAUGGAGUUUUAGCAACUACAUUCAGGGAAUAUGCAAACAGUACAACCAGAGAUCGCAAAUGGAUUCUGUUUGAUGGUCCAGUAGAUGCAGUAUGGAUUGAAAAUAUGAACACAGUUUUGGACGACAACAAAAAACUUUGCUUGAUGUCGGGUGAAAUAAUUCAAAUGUCACCUCAAAUGAAUUUAAUAUUCGAGCCUGCUGAUUUGGAGCAUGCCUCCCCAGCUACAGUCUCUAGGUGCGGUAUGAUUUACAUGGAACCAGCUCUUUUGGGAUGGAAGCCUUUUAUGGAUUCGUACAUGAAUACAUUAGCAAAGUUACUCUUAAUAGAACAGCAAGAACUGUUGGUCGAGUGCAUGGAGUGGCUGGUUCCUGCCGUAUUUAAACAAGUCCAUAGGUCUAAAACAUUUGUUGAAACCUCGGAUAUUCAUCUGUAUUAUUCAUUCACUAGGCUCUUUACCUGCUUAAUACGGGAUGAGAACCAAGUCAGUACCGUAUGGCUGCAAUGCACAUUAAUAUUUUGCCUCUUAUGGGGUCUUGGAUCAACAUUAACAUUGGAAGGAAGGCAGACCUUUGAUACAUUUUAUAGGAAAUUAUUAUACGGCGAAAACAGAAAAUAUCCUAAACCUAAAUCAUUUAAACUAACGAAAAGUCAAAUAUUUCCCGAUCGAGCUAACGUAUUUGAAUGGGUCUACGAUAAGAAAAAUAACGGUACUUGGAUUAAUUGGACUGACACAGUUGAAAAAAUUGACAAAAUCCCUCCAACUGCUAAGGCAAAUGAAUUGAUUAUUCAAACAAAUGAAUCGUGUUGCCAGAGAUUCUUUCUGAAGAUGUGUCUCGAUAACAAAAUACCGAUUUUAUUUAUUGGACCAACUGGAACUGGCAAAUCAGCAGUGGUAAUGGACUAUAUGUUGAAUUUACCGAAGGAGAAAUUUUUGCCCAAUAUUGUUAAUUUCAGUGCAAGAACAUCAUCGACUUUGACCCAGGAAAUGGUAAUGUCAAAACUAGACAAAAGAAGACGUGGUGUCUUUGGCCCUUCAAUGGGUAAACAAUGCAUAUUAUUCGUCGACGACGUAGGUAUGCCACAGAAAGAAACGUGGGGUGCUCAACCAGCAGUUGAACUUCUUCGCCAAUAUAUAGAUCAUGGACAUUGGUUCGAAAAAGAUACAUCAAUGCUUUAUCUUGUGGACAUACUUUUCGUUGGUGCAAUGGGAGUUCCAGGAGGUGGUAGAAAUGAGGUCACUGAUAGAUUUUUAAGACACAUGCAAAUUUUUACCAUUGACUCAUUUGACGACAAUACUUUAAGCAAAAUAUACACGACCAUAUUAGAUUGGCACUUUGCUAAAGGCUACGUGGAACCAGUAGCAAGGCUUUCAAAGUUUUGUUGUGCGGCUACAUCGGAAGUAUAUAAAGAAGCGAUACAGCAGUUUUUGCCAACACCUGCAAAAUCACACUACACUUUUUCACUGCGAGACUUCUCCAGAGUUAUUCUUGGCCUUCUCCUAACACCUCCCCAACGGAUGGAUGAUCCUGACAAAUUUAUCAGGCUCUGGAUUCAUGAAACGUAUAGAGUAUAUCAUGAUCGACUCAUUGAUGAUGAUGAUAGGAAAAAACUUUUUAAUAUUGUCAAAGAGGCAUGCUAUCAAGGAUUUAGACAGAAAUUCGACAAAGUGUGCGCGGUGUUUGUUCCCGAAGAUGAAAUAAUAGCACCCCGCCAUCUCAGAAACUUGUUUUAUGGAAAUUACAUAAAUCCAGACGCAGAUCCUAAAAUUUAUGAUGAGAUUUUAGAUAUGGACGAUUUAAUAGCUAAAAUGGAAUAUUAUCUCGAGGAACACAAUACGAUGUCCAAAACUCCAAUGAAUUUGGUUAUGUUCCAAUUUGCCAUAGAACAUGUGUCGAGAGUCUCGCGUGUUAUUACUCAGCCCAAUGGAAAUGCAUUGUUAGUCGGUGUAGGAGGAUCUGGAAGACACAGUUCAGCGAAGUUAGCAAGUUUUAUGGCGGAAUGUGCUAUAUUUGAGAUUGAAAUAACCAGAACUUACAGCACUUCAGAAUGGAGAGAAGACCUGAAGAAAUUAUUAACUAGAGCAGGUACAGAAGGAAAGCCUAUUCUGUUUCUUUUCGCCGAUACCCAAAUAGCGGACGAAGGUUUUAUUGAAGACAUUAAUACAAUUCUCAAUACCGGUGAUGUUCCAAAUUUGUAUGCGCCGGACGAAAAAGCUGAGAUUUUAGAAAAAAUGCAGGCAGUGCUUAAAGAAAGCACCAAAAAAAUGGAAGCCACCCCAUUAGCUUUAUAUAACUUCUUUAUUGAACGAGUAAGAAGAAAUCUUCAUAUAGCACUUUGCUUAUCACCGAUUGGAGAUUCAUUUAGAGUUAGAUGUAGAAUGUUUCCAUCUCUUAUUAAUUGUUGCACUAUCGACUGGUUUCAGAAGUGGCCUGACGAUGCAUUGGAAAGGGUAGCUCAUAUGUUUUUAAGUCAAACGGAUAUUGGUCCAGAAAUGAUUGACGUUUGUGUAUCGAUUUGCAAACAUUUCCACGUGACCGUUCAGGACUACUCGGAUUUAUUUUACACUGAACAAAGAAGAAAGACGUAUAUUACUGCCACGGCUUAUCUUGAGUUAAUUCAAACAUUUAUAUCUCUCUAUGCUUUAAAAGUAGAUCAGAUUACUUUACAACAAAGACGAUAUGAAACUGGAUUAGAAAAACUGGAGUUCGCAGCUGGACAGGUUGGUUUAAUGCAAGAUGAACUAACCGAACUGCAGCCAAAACUAAUAAUUGCAUCAGAGAAAACUGAAAAACUGAUGGUCAAAAUUGAACAGGAUACGGUUGUUGUCGAAAAACAAAAAGAAAUUGUGGCAGCCGAUGAAGCUGUUGCAAAUGAAGCAGCUGCGGCUGCACAAGCUAUCAAAGAUGACUGCGAAUCAGAUUUAUCCGAGGCCAUUCCAGCCUUAGAAGCUGCUAUAGAAGCUUUGGAUACAUUAAAGCCUGCAGAUAUUACAGUUGUAAAAUCCAUGAAAAGCCCACCUUCUGGUGUAAAACUAGUUAUGGAAGCUAUUUGUGUAAUGAAACAGAUAAAACCAGAAAGAAAACCAGAUGUUGCGACGGGAAAAAUUAUAGAAGACUAUUGGGGUCCAUCUGUUAAACUGUUGGGAGAUAUGAAGUUUCUGGAAAAUUUAAAAUCAUACGAUAAGGAUAAUAUACCUCCAGCUGUAAUGAAGAGAAUAAGAGAAAGAUAUAUGCCAGACCGAGAAUUCAAUCCAGAGAGAAUCAGGCACAUCUCCACCGCUUGUGAAGGACUUUGUAAAUGGGUUAGAGCUAUGGAAGUGUAUGACCGCGUCAUCAAAAUCGUCGCUCCGAAAAAAGCUCGCCUGGCAGUAGCAGAAGCUGAACUUGCAGCACAAAUGGAUACGUUAAACGCUAAACGAGCCCAGCUAAAAGAGGUUGCUGAUAAAUUACAAGCACUUAACGACGAAUUUGCUGCUGAAACAAAGAAAAAGAAAGAUCUGGAGGACGACAUAUAUAUUUGUGCUCAAAAAUUAGACAGAGCUGAGAAGUUAAUUGGGGGCCUCGGUGGAGAAAAAGCUCGGUGGUCAGCUACUGCCAAAGAAUGCGAAGCUUUACUUGGCAAUGUAAUAGGAGACGUUAUUCUAUCUUCAGGGGCCAUCGCUUAUUUGGGUCCGUUUACAGUCAAUUACAGGCAAUCUUUAUUAAAAGAGUGGAAUGAGUACGCCUUAAAAUCUGGAAUUCCCUGUUCUAGUAAUUUUUCAUUAGUUGUUACAAUGGGCGAACCUGUAGUUAUACGAGCUUGGAAUAUAGCUGGACUACCAGUGGACAACUACAGUAUUGAAAAUGGAAUAAUAGCAACAACAGCUAGAAGGUGGCCUUUAAUGAUUGAUCCACAGGGCCAAGCAAACAAAUGGAUUAAGAAUAUGGAAAAGGCCAAUAGACUCCAAGUCAUCAAACUUACUGACGCAAAUUAUGUGAGAGUUGUAGAAAAUUCCAUAACUUUUGGUACCCCGGUUCUACUAGAAAAUAUAAGCGAAGAAAUCGACGCCAUAUUGGACCCUGUUUUAGUAAAAACGAUUUUUAAAAGUCAAGGCGUCUGGUACUUGAAGCUUGGUGAUAACGUUCUCGAAUAUUCCUUUGAUUUUCGAUUGUACAUCACCACCAGACUAAGAAAUCCCCAUUAUUUACCAGAAAUAGCGGUGAAAGUAACGUUGGUGAAUUUCAUGAUAACUCCACAAGGAUUGCAGGAUCAGUUGUUGGGUAUUGUGGUAGCUAAAGAAAAACCCGAACUAGAAGAAAAGAAAAAUAUGAUGAUAGUAGAAAGUGCCAAUAACAAAAAAAUGUUAAAAGAGAUUGAAGACAAAAUUUUAGAAGUUCUGUCUACAUCCGAAGGAAAUAUACUGGAGGAUGAAACAGCAAUAAAGAUUCUAUCUAGUAGUAAAAUACUCUCCGAAGAGAUCCAGGAGAAACAAAAACAAGCUGCAAUAACAGAAAAAGAAAUAGACACGGCUCGAAACGGGUAUUUGCCUGUUUCUAAACAUUCGUCAGUUCUAUUUUUCUGCAUAUCUGAUCUAGCAAAUAUAGAUCCAAUGUACCAAUAUUCUUUAGUUUGGUUCAUUAAUCUGUAUAUUCACGCCAUCGAUGUAAGUCCGAAAUCUAACAUUCUAGAGGAGCGAUUGGCGGCUUUGAAUGAUUAUUUCACUAACAGUAUUUAUAGAAAUGUAUGUAGAUCGCUGUUCGAGAAAGAUAAAUUGGUCUUUUCGAUGGUUUUAUCUGUAGGAAUACUCAGAUCUCAAGGCGAUAUAAAUGAAGAUAUUUGGAAUUUUUUUCUAACUGGUGGAGUUGCUUUAGAUAAUCCGCAUCCUAAUCCGUCUCCAGACUGGUUAUCAGAUAAGUCAUGGUCUGAGAUUGUACGAGCCAGCAACUUAAAAGGGUUAAAUAAUUUUAUGAUAUCAGUGAAAAAAGACAAUACUGCUUGGAAAAAGUUUUACGAUUCGUCUAAUCCCAAUGAACUUCCAUGUCCAGCUCCGUUUAACAAUGUACGAGGAUUACAAAGAUUGGUCCUAAUACGUUGUGUUCGACCAGAUAAAGUUGUACCAGCGGUUCAGACUUACGUUGUGGAAGAGAUGGGACCAUCUUAUCUAGAACCACCUCAAUUUAACCUUGAAGAAUCUUACAACGACAGCAACGCUUGUUCACCUCUCAUUUUUAUUUUGUCUCCUGGAGCAGACCCUAUGGCUGGAUUGGUUCGUUUUGCAGCAGACAAAGGAAUUAGUAAAACGUCAUUAAUGACAGUGUCUUUAGGACAAGGACAAGGACCUAUAGCAUCUAAUAUGAUUUCUACCGGUCUUGAAACUGGACAAUGGGUUGUACUUCAGAACUGUCAUUUAGCUGAAAGUUGGAUGAGAGAAUUAGACAGGAUUUGUGAUGAGGUUAUUAUUCCCGAGGUCACCAACCAGAAUUUUAGGCUAUGGUUAACGAGUUAUCCUAGUAAAGCUUUCCCAGUGUCGAUUUUACAAAAUGGAGUUAAAAUGACAAAUGAAGCCCCUAAAGGACUACGGCAAAAUCUCUUAAGAUCAUAUUAUUCCGAUCCUAUAUCAAACCCAGAUUUUUUCGGUGCCUGUACCAAUCAAAAAGCAUUUAGAACUCUAUUAUUUGCCUUAUGUUUCUUUCAUGGCAUUGUUCAAGAAAGAAGGAAAUUUGGCCCACUUGGUUGGAACAUACCUUACGAAUUUAACGAAUCUGAUCUCCGAAUCUCCGUUAUACAGUUGCAGAUGUUUCUUAUAGAUUACACUGACGUCCCUUAUGAUGCUUUGACCUAUUUAACAGGAGAAUGCAAUUAUGGUGGCAGAGUUACUGACGAUAAAGAUAGAAGAUUACUAAACUCACUGCUUUCCAUAUUUUACAUCCCAGAUACAGUUACACAACCAAAGUACGCAUUUUCCCCAAGUGGUAUGUAUUAUGUCCCAUCAAAUAAUACUUGGGAAGGUUGUUUAGAAUAUAUUAGAAGUCUACCUAUCAACGCGUUACCAGAAGUUUUUGGAUUGCAUGAAAAUGCCGAUAUUACUAAGGAUAAUCAAGAAACUCAAGCCCUUCUGCUUGGUAUACUUGUAACACAAACAAUGAUUGCUGCGGGUGGAGCUGCGGAAGACACUCAAGCUCAAGCAGUUAUCGACCUAGCCAAUGACAUAUUAAAUAGGAUACCAAGUGUUUUUGACAUUGAAUAUGUUGAUGAAAAAUAUCCCGUUAUGUAUACAAAUUCAAUGAAUACUGUCUUAAAACAAGAGCUGAUUCGAUUUAAUCGGCUAAUUAUAGUCGUUAAAAAAUCACUGAGGGAUAUGAUUAAAGCUGUACAAGGAUUGGUAGUAAUGUCACCCGAACUUGAACAAACCUGUGAAGCUCUUGUUGUAGGAAAAGUUCCUGAAGUUUGGGCAAGCAGAAGUUAUCCAAGUUUGAAACCAUUAGGUUCUUACGUGAAUGAUCUGAUCGCAAGGCUAAAAUUUUUGCAAGAUUGGAUAGACAACGGUGAACCGAAUGUCUAUUGGAUAUCGGGAUUUUACUUUACCCAGUCAUUCUUAACAGGUGUUCUGCAAAAUGUUGCCAGAAAGAAGAAAUUACCAAUAGACUGGAUUCACUUUGAAUAUUAUGUAACUGAAUAUGAACCUGACAACACAGAUGUAACUUGUCCGUUUGGAGUUUAUUGCAAGGGACUCUUUCUGGAAGGCGCAAGAUGGGACAGAAAAUUACGAAGACUGAACGAAUCAUUCCCAAAAAUAUUAUUCGACCUAAUUCCAAUAAUGUGGAUGAAACCUGCAGAAAUAUCAAAAUUUUCACCUCCUCAAUGUUACUAUUGCCCUGUUUAUAAGACUAGUGCUAGACGAGGUAUUUUAUCAACCACCGGACACUCCACUAAUUUUGUGAUGUACAUAACUUUGAAUUCCAACGUGCCGGAGAAGCAUUGGAUCAAUCGUGGAGUCGCUGCUUUAUGUCAGCUCGAUGACUGAUUUUGAUUGACUGAUUUUACAAAACUUUAUUAUAUACUUUUUUUAAGUAAAGUAGAAAUUUUCUAUUG